AUGGCAUCAAGUAAACCUGUACAAUGUGGACCAUGUAAGCAGGAAAGAGAAAACACUAAAGCUGACAUAUGGUGUUACAAUUGUGAUGAGGCAUGUCCUGGUCAUCAUAAAAAGUUUAUAUCAACCCUUGAUUACAAGACCAUUGAUAUUCAGACCUACAUCAAAACAGAAUGCGAUAAGCAUAAUCACCAUUUCAACUUGUACUGCCCCGUUCAUUUGACGCCUUGUUGUGAUGAAUGUAUAUCCACUUAUCAUUCAAAAUGCAUCGGAAUAGAAAGUUUAACAACUGUAGUGGAGAAAACCAAGAUUGAAAAAUCAAAAGAAUCAGUAGAUAAAAAUAUAGACUCUAUCUUACUUUUCUUGAAUAAAAUGGCUAUCGAAAAGUCAAGUAAUAUAACGAAAGGAGAUCAACAAUGCGAAAGAAUAAAGGAAUCAAUUGGACAAAUUCGGAAGGUAAUCAACAAACAUUUAGAUCAUCUAGCACAGCAGUUGUGUAAAGAAGCAGAUACUGUAUGGGGUCAAGAGAAAUCCAUAUUAUCAGGAUUCAUUUCUGAAAUAGAUGAAAAAAAGAUAAAAUUUAAGGAAAUGCAGGACGAUUUACAAACAGAUACAGAGCAGACUUCAAAAUUUCAAUUCUUUUUAGGAUUACACCAGAUUGGUGAAAAAGUACAUCAAUGUAAAAGUUAUGUUGAUGAUAUGGAAAACAAUGACAUGGGUUAUGAAGUUGAUCUACAAGUAGAGAAAAAUGGUGAGAUAGAAAAGAUACUGAGCGAACUACAAUCAAUAAAAUCAUUAGGAGAAGUGGAGGUCUAUAAAACUGAAAUAAACAUUAAUAGAGAAACAAGUGAAAACACUAAAGCACAAGUAGGAACACGAAAACAAUCCUACAAAGGCAAACUGAAAAUGCAUAUUGAGUCAAAGACAAAAGUAGGGGUCGACAUAAAGAAGGGAAUUAGUGACAUGAUUUGUCUGUCUGAUGGUAGAAUUAUAGUAGUUGAACAGUUUGGUAAUGUUAACCUACUUACUUCGGAUGGCAGACUUCAAAACAGUUACCUAUACCUGGUGAGGCCUUCGGUGUUACACAGAUAA